ACUUCGUGAAACCCAGUUAGUUGAUAAGCUUUCGUCCCGAAAUCAACAACCCAACUUUAUGUACGGGUAGUAGGAUUAAAUUAAAUUUCAAUAUAGGAAUAUGAGGGGAGCUUUAUGUUUUUUGUGUGUGCUAUUUGCUGCCGGGAAAAGUGAUGGGACACCCCCACAACUGGCAGCUGACAACGCUGGAGAGAUUACCCAACAAAGUGAAAAGAAACUCAGUGAGACUGUUUUGAAAAUUCUGGAGCACUACAAACAACCAGAUCCUAUUGGGUUACCGGGAGCCCCCAUACCAGACCCAAUGGACAUUCCCGACAUGAAACAGUCAUUUUCAGUAGGGAGAAUGAACUUUAAAAACGUGAAAUUAUACGGGUUGAAAAAGUUCAGAAUAGACAAUGUCGUAGUAGACAUAACACAGAUGAAAGUCCAGGCAGCUUUGACAAUCGACGAUUUAAAUGUUCUUGGGAAUUAUACUCUGAGUACAUGGUUAUCAAAGGCACAUGGUCCUUUUACAGUCAACUUGAAGAAGGUCAGAGUUGUGGCCGUAGCAUCCUUGAAAGUGGAAGUUAAUGGAAUGCUUGAAGCUCAGGCCAUGGAAAUGGAUAUACAAUUUAAAGAAAUUGCAAUGAAUUUCGAAGGACUAGGGUUCUUUGCGAGCAUGUUUCAGGGAGUAAUGAACUCUGUUGGAACUUUUGUCUUCGAUUCUAUCAAACCCUUCGUCUUAGGCGAGGCCAAUACAAAUAUGAGGAGCGACAUCAACAAGGAACUGAGAAAGUUUCCCAAGAAGUUUCCCAACUCCAUCUCGCCAUUUGAUCAACUGAUUUGCGAAGUCAGGAAGAAAGUUAUAUCGAUGAAUUACGAUCCUUACCAUGUUCCCGAUUACAACAACAGUGUGGGUUUAUUAGAUAUUUAUCUCACUCACACGUGGUUAUAUGGGCUCUCUUCAUUCCACAGAACGAAAGAUAUUAUAUUCGAACUCCGAAAUAAGACUGUACAUAUGCUGGUGCAGGUUGGAACUGGGACUCUGGAAGGAACCAGUAACUGGGAGGUGUCUCUGAUAGCAGGAAUGGUGUCUCAAGUUGGGACGGUGUCUUUUAGUGUCAAUUAUAUCAGGGUUCAGAUCAAUGCUAGUCAAAGUAUGGAUACCAGCAAACCCCCUGCUUUGGACGACAUACAAGUUGAACUAGGGAAUAUUCAGAUUAGAUUCGACGGGUUAGGAACUAUAGAUUAUGCAGUGGAGUUUGGAGUCAAUGUUCUUCCGAAUUUACUACGAUAUCAAAUACUGGAUGCCUUAGAGAAACCUCUGAAGUUGAAAAUUCAAGAAGCUCUCGACCAAGUGAAUAUUGAAAGACUCAUUGUAGAUAAUGCAGAUAAACUGGAUAAUGCCAAUGCCUUGGAGGAUCUACAGUUUCUUUGAAAUGUGACUUCAAUUUAUAUUUUUGUUGAACUUAUUAGAAUUGCGAAGUUGAAGCUGGAAACUCGUUCAAAUUUAGUGGAGAUGUCAUGUCACUCCUCUCAAGAGUAUAUGAUUUUUGUUAAGUCUCCUCCCAAGUGUAUAUGAUUUUUUCCGAAGCCUUUUCUGAAAAAUAAUUCAAUUAGAUUACGAAUGAAAAAUAUAAAUUCACCAUCCCCUUAUUCAAUAUCAGAAACAUUCAUUUUGAAUUCAGUGUAUAUCCCAAGGAUGUAGAUUAUAAUAAUUGCUAAACCAAAAUGAAUCUUGCCUAAUUUACACCAGUACAUUUUGAAAUAAAAUCAAUUAAAUGAACGUGAA